ACUAGUAAUGUCCGUUGCGUUUUAAUUUGACGCUUUUUGAUGGGAAAAACAUUUUAUAAUUUUAUAGAUUUUCAUAAUUUCAAAAGUGAAUUAACUAUAGUUUUGUGUUAAUUAAGUGUUCUAGAUAUUGUGUUCAAAGUUGUAUGUGCUGCGUUGGCGUGAACAUGAUAGAAACACCGAUAAGCUCUACUCCUGGGCUAGCCAGGAUAAGUACUGGCGGGAGUAGCAAUAGUUCUAUCAGAAGACGGAGUCUUAUACCACAGAAAAGGCCAACAAAUUCUAAAAAUGAGGAGUGUAAUGAUGAUGAUGCUGAGAGAUCAUCGCUGGUGGCAUCAGAGCGGGCACUGGCAACCUCAACACCACAAACAGCCUCUCCUAGACGUGGGAGAGACACCAUGUCCUCAUCACCACAGAAAGAACACUUUCAAGGCUGUUUGAAGCUCUAUGCUGAGAAUAAAAUAACCAAAGACAACGCCUGGAACUUACAACUGAUAGACUUCAUGACUUCUAUGUUGAGGCGGCAUGACUCCCGCAUGGAUAACUUGCAGACAGCCUCCACCGUGGUUGAUGCCUCAGCUAGGAUAUACUCUUUUAGAGUUGAUGCCGUACAUUAUGAUGUGUUGAAGAUGGCUGGCGGUCUUAGUAAAGCUGCUCAGACAAAAAGAGGUAAGAAAGAUGAUGACAACAUGCAAGAUGAAGGUGCAGUAGACGGUGAGCCUGCUGCAGCCGCUAAGAAGAAAAAGAAGAAGUCCAAAGGUGCCAUUGCUGCCAACCCUGAAACUCUUAAUGGGGACUUUGAUUGUAAUGAUUGUAUUGAUCCAUUCUUUGAGAGAUUGGCGGCCACAACUGGUGAUGUGACAUCGUCGAACAGGGCCUUCAAUGCAACUUUGCCCAUUCAUGACAAGACACUGGCUUUGAUAUUAAGAACCGAUGACCGAUUUCUAGAAGAAGUCAAAGAGAAUAUUCCGGAAGAUCAAAAGAUAGACUUAUCUGAUCGCAUCACUAUAGCUGCUAAGCUACUGCCAGCGUUCACCACCAGUGAUCAUAUUUGUGAACCUUUUACUGGGUUUUCUAUCAGUAACUGGGAUCCAGAUACUGAGGAUAGUAAUGAUCGUGUGACAAACUGGGUGGAAGAAAACAGAUUGAACUUGUCUCAACAAGCGCUAGCGUUUGAUGUCAAUGCAGAAGUUGAACCAAUACCGCAGGAUGAGCAGCACAAUGAUUUAUUUGAUGACGAGCCUCUAGGCGGCAUAGAGAGCGAGGAGGAGGCGGACGUGGCGGUGGCGGCGUGCGUGGCGCGGGCGGGCGCCGGCCCGGCCCUCGCGCGCCUCACCGACAUGCGCCCCGCCGCGCCGCACGACACGCGCCUCGAGUACUCCUACUGCGGCGCCAUCGUCGCCGCCUGGGCCGGGCCCAGCCACUGGCGGCUCAAGAACAAUAGAGCCUCAAAAAUGUCGGAACGCACCCAAUCUACAGCCGGCCGUAUGACCGUGGAAGGCAAGAAACCAACGCGAACAAAACGCCAGCUAGACUUUCUAGGGGCCGGCCUCGCUUUCGACUGCCGAUCAGACCCGGUAGGGGAAUAUGAACCAACACAGCCAGCCAAGAUCAUGAUUAGUAGGAAGACUCUAGCUACAGGACAUACGUGGAACGAAGCCAAUUUUAAAACUCCUGUUGAUAGAGGUCUCGACGAGUCUCACUUCAGGAAGCUGUUCCUCCGUCGCAACGUGAUGCUGCUUCGCAAGCGCGACAUGGAACAGAGCAAGCAGCCUGACCCGGAGCCCGUCACCGUGGAGGAAGCGAGGGAUUACGAUUAUAAUAAUGAGAAUGACGCUUCUUAUUGUCCUAAUAAUAUUCCUGAUGGUGAUGAUUGGGGCAAUGAAGACGCAAUGGCGGCGGGUGAACUACACGAUCAAGUGAAAGCGGCAGAGCCUGAAGAAAUCACCGACAUGUUGGAACCGCCCACUAAGGUCGCCAAAAUCUUCAUUCCUUACGCGAUGCGAGCGAAAAAGGUUGACAUGAAACAGCUAAAACAUUGCACCUGGAAAAUGCUCACCGAAAAAACACAAGACGGGGAAAAGGAAGAUGUUACUGAAACCAGUUUCUUUACUAUUUAUAAGCGAUUACCGAGUAAACUAACACCAAACAUGCGAGAAUCUCUAAGUGUGCCCCUAGCUUUACUGUCAGUACUCCAUCUAGCAAAUGAAAAAGGCCUUAUUUUAGAAAAACGUGAUGACUUGAACGAUAUCGGCGUAAUAGGUCUCAUAAAAUAACUUCUAAGCUAUAUUUGUUUUUCGGAUUCAUUGUUAGUUCUAAUAGAUAUUAAAUGAAUUUCGUGCUCGAAAGUACUGGUUGCUCAAAUUAGUGUUUGCUAAAGUUUUUUUUACAGCACUUAUUGCAUGUGAACCUCAAUUAUUUGAAUUACUCAAGGUAACUUGAUUUCACUAGUUGAAUCGAUCCUUUUUGAUUGCCAUUUCCGCCGCCAAUGCGUGUAAAUAAAUAUAACUAAUUUUACCUUAUUUUAAGGGACAUGAACUGCCAUAAAACAUUGUAUAGAAUAUGUUUGAUACUCUUUUAUUUUUUAUAUUUAGGUAAUUUUUGUAAAUGUAGGAAUAAAAUGUUCAACAAACAUGUUUACACAAAUAAAGGAUUAUUUGUUUCUA